AUGGUGUCUGGCGCCGGCAGUCUCUCCACGCUGCAUUCGGUGAAGGGUGGCAACGACCAGGUUGCGAAGCAUCUGUUGGACUCAGCCCUCACCGAAAAUCCCCCCGGUGCCCCUUCUUCCGCUAUCUUUGCUGAGGUGAAGAGUCUCGCGCCAGGAAAAAAACGAAGGGCAUCGUUUUCCUUCGAAGCAGCUGUUAAACAGGACUAG